GUUAGACCCUCAGCACCCAGCUCCACCGAGAGAGGAGUGUUCACCUCUGCUCUGUUCCCAUCAUGCACCAGGGAUGAGAACAUUGAGCUGCGUUUGGGUGAGCACCACAUUCGCUACAAGGACGGCCCCGAGCAGUUCAUCGCCGCUGCUGCCGUCAUCCGCCACCCCGAGUACGACCGUUACACCAUCAACAACGACAUCAUGAUGAUCAAACUGGCCGAGCCGGCGGAGCUUAAUGAGUACGUGCAGCCGGCGUCCCUGCCCAGCAGAUGUGCCCCUGCAGGGACCCAGUGUCUGGUGUCAGGGUGGGGGGCCACUCAGAGUCCCUUCGGAUGUCUGAAGUGUCUUCACUGCCUGGACCUGCCCGUCCUGUCGCAGCAGGACUGUGAGCGCUCCUACCCCGACAGGAUCACCGCCGCCAUGUUCUGUGCCGGCUUCCUGGAGGGAGGAAAGGACUCCUGCCAGGGAGACUCUGGGGGUCCUCUGGUGUGUAACGGCGAGCUGCAGGGGGUGGUGUCCUGGGGAUGGGGCUGUGCUGAGGUGAAUCGUCCGGAGUCUACGCCAAGGUCUGCCACUUCUCUGACUGGAUCCAGUCCACCAUGUCCUCUCACUGACGUCCUCCUGCAGAGGACAGAUCCACUCUGUCUGCAGCUGCUGUCCAUUUCAUGUCAUCACACUGACUCUUUAUAAGAGGAACAUAUUUAUGACUUUGUUAAGCAGCUGUUGAAUGUUUGACUGUUUGUGGAUCAUGUUUUUAACAAUGACAGUAAAAUAUCACCAUGAACAACCUCA